AUGAAUGCGCUGGACAACUACACUUUCCUGCCAUUUAGUGUGUUCCUGGCAAUUUUCUGGAUUUUCACGUACAAGAAAGUUCCGGAAACUAAAAACAAAACCUUCGAAGAGAUCGCUGCUUUGUUCAGGCACGGAAAUGGAAGGAGUAUGUUGAACUGUGUGAAUGCCCUUGAACAGCAUCUGCCAGUCGAACAGGCUGGUUUGGUGAUAGCAGAAGAAAAAUCUCAGCAACAGGAUUCAUCCGGCUCGGAACGCUCUUCUUCCCGCGCCGGCGACUCAGUCGUCUCGGCGCCUGACGUCGCGACGUCCCGCCAACAGGCGCCGCCUCCAUUGCCGCCUCCGCGCUUCCCCAACAGCGCCGUUUGACAAUGGGACGGCCUGGACCACGCAGCGCCGUUUCACCUGCCUUCGGCGCCGUUCAACCUGCCUAUGGCGCCGUUCAAUCUGCCUAUGGCGCCGUUCAAUCUACCGAUAGCGCCG